AUGCGUCGCAAAGAAACACGUCUUGUGCACAAUGUUCCAAAGUUCCGUGAUCUCCAGCGAACUUGCUCCGGAAAGCAUGUCCAUUUGGGCUGGGGCAAGGUCGGGCCCCAAUGGGCCACAGCAACUGAGACCGCUUAUCCGUGGGGCCUUUGCAAGCUUAUGGCCAGUUUGCUUGAGGAGCACUUCCUGACUCUCGGGUGUGCUGCGCCCCCGUCUGACAUUACUGGUACAACCAAUGCAGUGCAAGCUUCGCGAGCCUUCGCAGGUAUCCAAUCUCGCAAGCGGGUGCCCCCGCUGCUCAGCGAAUUUGCUUCCGUACAUUCUGUUGUUUUGCCUUCCAGACUCGCAAAUUCCUUUCUUCGUCCCGGCCACAAGCUUGCCUCGGAUUGGUGCCCCGGCACCCAAGUUGCUUGCACUCCAGCGCUGCAAAAAUUUCCUGCCGGCAGCCGCGUUCUUCGUGCCCAUGUGUUGCCCAAGGGGUGUGAUGAGGACGCUAAGUGGGAGGGAGACUCGGGAGCAAAGUCAUUCCAAGCCGGCAGCUUUGUGCAUGGACCCCUGAAUGGGGUCCGCUCUGUGACCGAGCAAUAUCCCGAGUCGGUCAAAGCCAUGUGCUCGUAUGUAAGAGGCCUUUUUCCCGGAUUGGUCUUUGGCACCGUGGGUUUGUUCAGGGACCUAGCCGCCUUGCCCCAUAAGGAUGCAAACAACGAGUCCUUUACGGACAAUGCACUGGCAGCCCUUUCGGACUUCGAGAGGGGAUCCUUGUGGAUGGAAGACCCAGAAGGAAAUGUUGAGCAAGAGUUCCGUGGCGAGGCCAACGUGGCGUUGGAAAGGACCGAAACUCUUCGCAGGUGGAUUGCACUUGCGUCUGAGCUUGAACCAGUUGAGAAGGCUUUGAAAGCCGAUUUGCCUGAGUUCCGGAAAGAUGUUCUUUCGACCAAACGCUUGGCCUUGUUCCGAACCCUCUUGAACGAGGUUCAGCAUGAGGACGUCACGCUUGUGGAUGAUAUCCUUAAAGGGUUUGAUUUGACUGGUAAGCUGCCCUUAUCCAAUGUCUUCACCCGGAGGUUCAAACCAGCGGAACAGUCCGAAGCUCAAUUGAGGUCUGGCGCCAAGCGGUUGCGGGACGGCUUAGUGGCUACUGUCAAGGCCUCCGACGAUCCCGUGAUUGACCAAGGGGUCUUGAAGGCCACUCACAAAGAACUUGAGCGAGGGUUCGUGGAGGGACCCAUUGCUUUGAGUGACGUCCCCUCCAAUGCGUCGCUCACGCACAGGUUUGGUGUGCGCCAAGGGGAAUCCGAGGAUGGGCCUAAGAUUAGGCCUAUCGACAAUUACUUGUCGUCGCAAGUGAACUCGGCCGUUUCGCAAAAUGAGCAGAUAAGUGUCCACACGAUCGACAUCGUCGCUGGCCUGUUGGGGUGUUGGUUAAAUGAGUGGUUCCUUAGUGGUCGCUCCGAGCAUGCGGCCCCUGUGUGCAAAGCAUGGGAUCUGCGUACUGCUUACAAACAACUCCCGCUAUCCGACUCUUCGUACGAGCUUGAUAGCUACUUCAUCUUGUUCAACGUCGAAAAGGGCGAAAGUGAGGUCUACAAGCAGCGAGUUCUUCCUUUCGGAUCAACCGCAAGCGUCACCAGCUUCAUCAGGGCAGCAUACGCGAUUUGGAAGCUUGGGGCAGUAGCCCUCACGCUCGCUUGGAGUGAGUAUUUCGAUGAUUACUUGAACGUUUGUGGGGCAGCCUUUGCCAAGCAUUGUGAUUUCGUGAUCACGAUGCCAGUGCGUGCUAGACGGGAUGAAUAUGUGCACAUCUACGUGGAUGCAUCCUUCGAGCCCGGUGGCUACUGCGGGUUAGGAGGGCUGAUUUUCAACUCAUCUGGUGCCGCCCUGAGUUGGUUUGGAUACAAGCUGCAACAGUGCCAUGUGAACAAGCUGCUCAAGGAUGGAGAGCGUGAAAAGGAAACUGUAAUCUUCGAACUUGAGGCGCUUGCUCUGGCCAUUUCCUUGGAAGUUUUCAGGCCGCUCGUAGGGCGCAAAGGCGUGGUGGCUUUCACUGACAACGAAGGUGUGUUUGGAAGCUUUGUUCGAGGACACAGUGACAAUUCGGUCUGCGCAUCGUUGAUCGAUUUCUUCGCUCGCAGCGAGGAGGAUCUUGAAGUGAUCUGCUGGCUGGAUCGUGUCCCAUCGCUGUCGAACCCAGCGGACAAUCCGUCCAGAGGACAACAGAUCUCAGGUGUGCCCAGGACCGAAAUAUCAGCUGCUUUGCUCGCUCGUGCUCUCCCUUUGGUCUUCAAGUGA